GAGAAUAAAUAGGUUUUUAAUAAUGUUUUAAAGUUGUAAUGUUAUAAUGUUUUAAUCAACAACCGAUUUGAAAGAGGUUACGUCAUGUGUAGUUUAUAAAGUGUCAUGUGGUGUCACUGAACAAAGAUGGGCUGAGUGUCCGCUGCUGCAGCUGGAGAACAGCAGGUGGCACCGCUGCGCCGUCCCGUGGCUGCUGCGCGCUACAGCAGCGCGUCCACGUUGUUCCACUGUCUGCUCCAGCCCCCACCCCCCCCCUCCCCAUCCCCAUCUCCGCACGCGCACACACACUCUCCUCUUUCUCUCCCUCUCUCUCUCGGCUUACAGUAUACACCUAUCUAUCUUCCACAAGCAUCAACAGUCUCCCCAUCAGUCUCCGCGAUAUUUAGCGCUACUACAGCGCAAACAUGGCAUCCCUGCGCCCCGAAGAACCACUCUCCGCCGUUGUGAACAUCUGCGUUUUUCUGACGAUUGCCUCGGCCUGGAUGGCACUGCCGGGACCUGUGCGCUGUGACAGCGGGGUUUUAAACCGGCGCGGCGGGGAGGAUGGUACGUUUGACAUGGGCGGCGGAGACGGAGGCUCCCCGCCGGGCUCACCGACGGAAGCCGUCGGCGCAGAGAGCUCGCCCCGCUUCAGGAGAGCACUGUCCCGGGAAAACCAAAUGUCCCUGCUCAGCAGCUCGUUCGUACUCAAAGGGGAUGCGACCCACAACCAGGCAAUGGUCCACUGGACAGGAGAGAACAGCAGCGUCAUCCUGACCCUGACUAAGUACUACCAUGCUGACUCCACCAAGGUGCUGGAGAGCUCACUGUGGAGGUCUACUGACUAUGGCACCACCUACACCAAACUUAACCUGAUGCCAGGGACCACCAUUGUGGUGACCAGCUUCUUCAUCUGCCCAACCAACAAAAAAAAGGUAGUACUGGUUGGUUCAUCCAUAAAUGAAAGGGAUCAGAUGCUAUUUAUCAGCACAGAUGAAGGUUCCUCCUUCCAGCGACGCUCCAUCUCCUUCACCCCGGACACUCUCAUCUUCCACCCUCAGGAAGAAGACAAGCUCCUGGCCUAUUGCAAGGAGGGCAGGCUCUUUGCUUCCACAGACCUGGGCCACAAGUGGACUUUGCUUCAGGAGCGGGUGACCAAGGACAAAGUCUUCUGGUCAGUAUCUGGUGUGGAUGUGGACCCAGAUAUGGUGCAUAUGGAAAUACAAGAUACAAGUGGAGGUUACCUGUAUGUUACCUGUCUCAUCCAGAACUGUUCGGACAAAAUGGUGACAGCUCAGUUUCUUGGCAAAAUUGACCGUGAAUCGCUGCAGGUGCAGGACGACUACAUUUUUGUCAAGGUCACCACAGGGAAUCGCACCAAGCACUAUGUUUCCUAUCGGCGCAACGAGUUCGUCCAGAUGAGGUUUCCCAAGUAUGCCUUGCCAAAGGAUGUCCAGAUUGUGAGUACAGAUGAAAACCAGGUCUUCCUUGCCCUCCAGGAGUGGUACCAGUCAGACACAUACAACCUUUACCAGUCUGACCCCCAGGGCGUCUACUAUUCCAUUGUCCUGGAAAAUGUUCGCAGCACGAAACAGCCAGAGGAAAAUGUCCUCAUCGACAUACUUGAGGUGCGUGGAAUAAAAGGAGUCUUCCUGGCCAAUCAGAAAAGUGAGGGGAAAGUGACAACUCUCAUCACCUUUAACAAAGGACAAAGCUGGGAACACUUGGCACCACCUCUCACUGAUAUGAAUGGCAAGCCAAUCAGCUGCAAAGAACCCGACUGUCACCUUCACCUCCACUUACGCUGGGCGGACAACCCCUACGUGUCCGGGACUGUCCACACCAAAGACUCUGCUCCAGGUCUCAUCAUGGGUGCUGGUAACCUUGGCUCCAAGCUAGUAGAGUAUAAGGAAGAGAUGUACAUCACUUCAGACUGCGGGAGGACAUGGAGACAGGUUUUCGAGGAGGAGCAUCACAUCCUGUACCUAGACCAUGGUGGGGUCAUUGUUGCCAUCAAGGACACCUCUAUUCCCCUGAAGAUACUAAAGUUUAGUAUCGAUGAAGGACGGACGUGGACUGUUCACAACUUCACCAGCACCUCUGUGUUCGUUGAUGGACUCCUCAGUGAGCCGGGAGACGAGACCCUGGUCAUGACUGUCUUUGGCCACAUCAGCUACAGGUCAGACUGGGAAUUGGUAAAAGUGGACUUCAGGCCGUCUUUCCCCCAUCUGUGUACUGAGUCUGACUACGAGUCCUGGAAACUCAUAAACCUACAGGGAGAGAGUUGUAUUAUGGGCCAGGAGCGGAGUUUUAGGAAAAGGAAGGACACAGCGUUCUGUAUCAAAGGAAAAAGCUACAUGUCAGCUCUCACCACCAAACCCUGUCAAUGCACUGAGAAAGACUUCAACUGUGACUAUGGUUUUGAAUGGUCCCACACGGAAGGCAAUCGCUGCUUUGCUGACUUCUGGUACGAUCCAGAUUCACCACCGGAAGACUGCCAUCUGGGACAAACCUACGAAUCUAGCACUGGCUACAGGAAGGUGAUGUCUAACAUGUGUGAAGGGGGACUAAACAAGCAGCAAAGCACAAAACGGCACAACUGCCCUCUGCUGCCCCCGAAGGGACUGGAGGUUGGCAUCAAGGGGCAGAUGUUGGCUGUGGCGCCUGGUGAUGACAUCACAUUCAUUGUCCACCAGGAACAGGGUGACACCAGCAACACCAAGUACCAGGUGGACCUCGGUGAUGGGGUUCGGGCAAUCUACCAGAACCUGACGGUGACGGAUGAACCUGUCCAGCAUCGCUAUGAAAAUCCAGGAGUUUACAAGGUCACAGUGAAGGCAGAGAACAUGGCAGGACACGAUGAGGCCACCAUGUACAUCCAGGUCACAGCCCCUUUAAAGGAAGUGCACCUGGAAGUGGUUCCCAUCACUGGGAGAAACCAUGAAGUCAAUCUGACAGCCAUGGUUCUUCCUACUGAGGAAAACUUGUUUGUCUUCUACUGGUGGAUAGGAGACAGCCUAAGGCCCACGCUGACUCUACAGAACAGCCUUCUGACUCGUUUCCAAGAGACAGGAGAGGUUUCAGUCACUGUCCAGGCUUCUAAUGGCCGAUCCAUGGUCCAGGAUACCAGGACAGUUCAAGUCUACGAAAAUUUCCAGGUCCUCGCUCUGCGUUUCAGCACAAACCUGGACCGCUACAACCCAAACAUUCCAGAGUGGAGAGAGGACAUCGGCCAGGUGGUCACCAAAGUACUGGCCAAGACCACAGGUGUCCCUCUGGAGUCGCUGGUUACAGUGGUGAAGCCGGGCCUCCCUACCACUGCUGACUUGUACGUUCUCCCACUGGACAGCAAACCAGCCAAGAGGACCAUGAUUGUAGAUAAGCGUAUUCCAGCCAUCAUACAAGCCUUCAACGGUAACAAUGUCAGCUUUGUGGUCCGAGGUGGUGUACAAGUACUGGUGAUGCUUGCUGAUCCGAAUGCAGGCUAUAAUGGAGCUGCUGGAGGUCUGGGAGUUUGGGCUUUAGCAGCCAUUUUUCUAAUCACUAUCAUCGCAACUGGCUCCUUCAUUCUCUACAAGUUCAAAAGGAAGCUCCCGGGCAGCCGCAACAUCUACGCCCAGAUGCACAACGAGAAGGAGCAGGAGAUGACCAGCCCAGUCAACCACAGCGAAGACACUCAGCACAUCAUCCAAGGGGAGGAGUUCAUUGACGACGACCUUGACUCGCAGACUCUAGGUAACCAUUCUGGUGUGGUUCUGAGCAUCAACUCCAGAGAACUACACAAUUACCUGAUCAGCUGAUGGCUGCCAUGACAGUGCUAAUUAGCUAGCCUAACGAGCACAGGGACUCCUUCUCUCCCUCUCCUAUUCCUUGGGCAGACACCUCCACACCGUGGCCUCCUCAACCCUUCACCUCCAGCUUUUGUGUGUGUGUGUGCGUGCGUGUGUGUGUGUGUGUGUGUGUGUAUGUGUGUGUGUGUGUGUGUGUAUUAUCCUCUUUUAAAUUUCCUACAACUAGUAGACACUCUUCACAGGCAAUAAUGGUUUCCCAACGGGGGACAAGCCCUUGUGAAUUUGCAUAUUUUGCAUAAGUGCAUACAUGCAAACACAAGAGGGCGGUGUUGCACUUUCCUAAACCCCACUCACAGGUACUUGAAGCUCUCAGCUUCUUUAGAAAAUCAUGUAUUUCCACAAAGCAUUGUUCAUUUUAAAAAAAUUCCACUGCAUUCAUAUCCUUGUAAUCUUUCUAAUAAUUCAUAUUUACAGAAGUUGUUGUGUGGUGUUCAAAAUCAGCACCACCUUUGUAGGAGCUCAUCAUCCGUCCCAUGGUGCCUAAAGCAGCAGGUGAUAAUCUGCUCAGUGACAUUACACGUUGUCCAGUUUAUUUAUUUCUAUUUCUAACAAUAUGCGCCCCUUCCUCCUUCCACUUUCCACACUUUCUGGGUCAAAGGUCAAAGCAGACUUGAUCCCCUGGAGUCAAAGGUCUCUGUCAUAGAGAAAUGGUGUAGUUGAUUUUUUUCUGUAUCAGCCUAUAUUAGGCAUAGCCGUGGUGGAAUUAUGUCUCCUUGAAGGUUUGGUUUGUUGUUUGUAAAUGUGUAAAUAUGAACAAUGUCCACUUUGUAGAUAUUUUUGUUUGACCUGUGUAUAAGUGUUUUACACUACUACCAAAAUACAGAGCAAUUUGUUUUGUAGCAAAUCUUCACCGAGUUUUCUGAAUUUGAAAAUAUUCUCAUCGUUUCUGGUUUUCCUCAACUCCAUUGCCUGCUUCACGUGUAUCCAUUUCCAAUACUUCAUGUGUAAUUUUAUGAGCAAGAUGAUUUAAUGGUUUUCAUUGUUAACUGGAAAUAAUUUUGUCUUACAAAAAUCCUCACAACUGCACAGUGUCAACUAUGUAUAUGGAUAUUUUUGAUACACUCAGUACAGUGGUUAUUGUUUCUGUUGCCUUUUGCAGAAGUAUUUUUGUUUGUUUGAUUGCACUAAUGAUACGAGCAGUGCUGUGGGGAAGUACCGCAGAGCAACUGAACAAGUCUACAGACUGAUUGAAAAGGUCUUUGGAUGAAAGGCCUUUACAGACUACUGAUGCUACCAUUACCAACAAGAUCACCCCUUGGUUUGCCUUGAAUUUGAUACAAACAGCAGAUCACACUCACCCAUUCUGAUUAACACUUUAAUUAUCUUUUGUACAUAUUCUGCUCAUGUUCAACUUGUUGUUUUCUAGUGAUAUGUCAUCAUCUAUCAGUACACUGAACAUUAACAAAGGGAAAAUUGGGAAUAAUGAUAUUCCAAUAUAAUAGUCAAGGAUUUUCACACCUGAUGGCACAACCAUGUAAUGACCAAACCAUUUUCUUUUUAUUCUUUCCUCUUUCUGCUGGGUUUAUUUAAUAUAUUGAUUUUGCUGUUAAAAACAAUUGUGUCUCCUCAUCAGGAAGCGUAGUGCUCUCAACCUGCAUCCUGGAAUAAAUCACUCCCAUAACUUGUA